GACGUCGUUAAAUGCAGACGCCGGCUGCUUAUUCUUCCGUGACCGCAUUUUAGUGACUUUAUUAGUCCUGAAGUAAGAACUAAGUAAUUAAACCUUCAGACUAUGUGUUAAAUUCACACAGACGUGCGCUUGAGGCGCGAGCAGAGCGCAUUCAACCCCGUCGUUUUAUCCAAACUAAGUGGAUUAAUUUAGAGUCAUUCUGCCGGCUGACAACAUAAAACCGAGUUCAGGUUGAAAGACACAAAUGUAUAACGAGUAUAUAAUGUUAGAGACGCUGCAUCGCUUUGACAGAGACUUGUAGGAGUUAAUAAAGUGAUGUUAUGUAGUUAUAAGAAAAGCUUCACCAUCCUCUGACUCAAACGUCCUGAAUGACGCACUAAUGCGCCAAGGCGCAGAGACUCGACACCUCUUUAAGGGCAAAGGACUCUACACCACAGAAGUGAUUUACUUGAAACAGUUGUUUUAGUGAAUCCAUCAGAAGAUACAGUACUUUCUGAGAUCCGGUCUCUUGUGUCCAACCCAGCUGUGCACAAACUACUGGUCCUGAGUGGGCAGAACUCGGACCAAGGUGACCUGGUUCUUCAAACUGGGGUGUUUACUCAUCAAGCUGUUUCACGUAUCUUGGCUGAUCCUGGGGUUGUUAACCAACUGGAAAAAGCUGUCGCAGGGCAGCAGGCAACUCUCACUGUGUCCUGCCGAGCUGAGGCAGGUUGGACAUCACUGGGACAGCAUUUGAGGGAGGUUAUGGACUUCAAAUUGAAUCCAGAGCCCAUACUCCCUAAAAUGGAAGGUGUAACAGAGUUCACAGAAUACAUUUCUGAGACUGUAGAUGUCCCAUCCCCAUUUGAUUUGCUUGAGCCACCCACAUCUGGAGGAUUCCUUAAGCUAUCCAAGCCUUGCUGUUACAUCUUCCCUGGUGGUAGAGGUGACUCUGCUCUGUUUGCAGUCAAUGGCUUCAAUAUUCUGAUUGACGGUGGCUCUGAGAGAAGGUCAUGCUUCUGGAAGCUAGUGAGACACUUGGAUCGUAUUGAUUCCAUUCUUCUCACUCACAUUGGUGCUGACAAUCUCCCUGGUAUAAAUGGACUGCUUCAACGGAAGAUAGCAGAGCAAGAGGAAGAGCAAUCACAAGGCUCAACUACCUACAGUGACUGGAUGAAGAACCUCAUCUCACCAGAGCUUGGAGUUGUGUUCUUCAAUGUACCAGAGAAGUUGCGCACAUCUGAAUCAAACUUAAAAGUCAAGAGAAGUAUUGAAGAGGCAUCUCUAACAUUGCAGUACCUUGACAAGCUUGGAAUGACACCUGAACCUCUUUUCAGAGUAGUUAGUAAUACAAUUGAACCUAUCACUCUUUUUCACAAGAUGGGUGUGGGCAGGUUAGAAAUGUUUGUCCUAAAUCCUGUGAAAGACAGUAAGGAAAUGCAGUUUCUUAUGCAGAAAUGGGCUGGUAACAGCAAAGCAAAAACGGGGAUUGUUCUGCCAAAUGGAAAGGAAGGAGAAAUAUCUGUGCCAUACUUAACAUCCAUUACAGCUCUUGUGGUGUGGCUUCCUGCCUGCCCAACAGAGAAGAUUGUUAGAGUUCUGUUCCCUGGCAAUGCUCCACAGAACAAAAUUCUUGAGGGGCUCGAAAAGCUAAAACAUCUGGACUUUUUGCGAUAUCCAGUGGCUACACAAAAGGACAUUGCUUCAGGGGUCUCACCCUCUGUUAUAAAACAGCCAAAAUUAAAGCAAAGGGCUGAAAGCAAAGAAAGUCUUAAGUCAUCUCCCAAAACACACACACCUACCAAGAUUGUAAAGAAGGAAGCUGAAGAAGAAGACACAUCUGUUGUUGAAACAAAGACUGAAACUGUCAAGGAGAUCAAAUCUGAGAAGAAAGAGGAGAAAAAACACACCAGACCAUUAAAACCAAAAACUGAGGUAACAGAAAAGAAAAAGUUAUUAAAGGAGAAAUCGAUUAAAAAAUACACCAAAGAAAGAGCAACAAAAAUGGAUGAGAAAAAGGACAAGGAAAAGAAAGAAAUCAAGAAAGAUAAACAUGAUCUAAAAAAAGAUGACUCUGUGAAAAAAGAUGAGAAAAAAAUUAAGAGCAAAGACGCUUUCAAACCAGAACUGAGGAAAAUAACCAAACCUGAUCUAAAACCCUUCACACCAGAAGUCAGAAAGACUCUUCACAAGGCAAAAACUCAAGGGAAACCCAAAACAAUUAAGAGCAAGACUACUAAGGUAGAGCCUAUUGCAGAACCAGUUUCCAAGAAAGCUGAGCCUAAAACUCAAGAGAGUGAGGCUGAGGUUAAAUCUGUUCCCUCAACUCCAGAAGAUCUGACAAAAGACUUUGAAGAGCUCAGAGAAAAUGGCAUUCAUAUAGAUCACGACCAUGCACCUGAAAAAAAAUUGGUAGAAGAAGAACAUAUACCAAUUGCUGACACUAUUGCUGAGAAAGAGGAGGUCAUUGAUUCUCAGACUGCAAGAGAACUGCAGGAACCCUGCACUCAAGAUAAGGAUGAACCACUAGCAACAACAGUCAUCAAAGGAGAACCUGAAAAAUCUGCAGAUGAGUGCCAGGUAGAAGAGGGUGAUAAAUAUGAAGAUGAAGGGACUGCUAUAGAGGAUGAAGAGGAGGAAGAGGAAGAAGUGUUGACAACUGAGAAGAAGACAGUAGAAGAGGAAGAAGAUAUGGGAAUAGGGGAUGAAGAGGAUGAAGCAAUGGGAAAGGAUGCUAAAGAUAUGGAGGGAGUUGACAGAAAACAUGAAGUUGAGGAAAUGGAAAAACACAAAAGUAGGGAAGAGCUUACAGAAAUAUCAAAGACGGAAAUUGAGGAAGAGCAACUUGAAGAUGAGUAUGUCAUUGAAAAAGCAGAGCUGGAAGAAGCAGAAGAUUUGGAUGCCAUUGCAGAUGAAGAAAUCAAAGAUGUUGUUGAUGAAAAAGACAUUGCAUCUGCAGUUCAAGGAGCUGCUGCAGCAGAGACUUUAUCCUAUAUUCAAGAUGAGACUAUACCUGGUUACUCAGAAACUGAGCAGACAAUCUCCGAUGAAGAGAUCCAUGAGGAGGCAGAGGACAGAGUACACCACCUUCACUAUGAGGUCAGCACAUAUGAUGUCUCAGUACCAGAUCAACCAGGGUCAUUUGAUGCAAUCCAUGGCAUGAAGGAGAUGCAAGCAUUGGGAGAUGAAACGGCUAAAUCAUUUAUGUGUGUCCAAGAACCUGCAAUUUCUCUGUACACCAGCAUAAUUGCUGCUCCACUGGCAGAGGAGGAACAUGUUUCUUCGGCAACAUCCAUCACCGAGUAUGAAAAAGUGUCCUCUUUGCCGACCUCUGUUACUGAGGAUCAUUCGGUGACAUCUGUCACAGCACCUCAGACUGAAGACACUGGAAAAAGCUCACUAGAUUUGGACACAGUAAACAUUGUACCUCCAAUAACACAAACAGAGGCUACUCAAGGAAAAGACUACUUAUACUCUGCUGGAACCAUCUCUCCAACAUCCUCCCUGGAGGAAGACAAAUGCUUCAAAUCACCUCCAUCAGAGGAAUGUCCACCACUUCCCCUUGAAGGGAAAACAGAAGAACUCGAUACUAUUGUUCACCACGAUGAAGAUGAGGAGGAUGAGUAUGAAGAUCAAACACCAAACGUAGACAUUUCUCUUGGAAAACUACAGGAAGGAUAUGCUGUAUCACAAAAACUGGAAGAGAAAUCCAAAGAAAUUGACAAGCCCAAGAGCCCUGAGCCGGUUGCUUUGGAGUCCACACUAGACAAAAAAUCGCUGUCCUCUCCUGAACCAGCUGAAAGAACAGUUUCACCAAUUAGAGACGACAUCAUUUCUAAACCAGUAGUUUCAGAUUUAGGUCUUUUCACAGAGACUGAAGAUCGAUGCUUCAGUCCAGAUGACAGCACUGUGAAAAUGGCCUCUCCUACUCAAUCUGGACCACCUAGUGCCACCCACUCCCCUCUUCGUCUCUCACCAGUGGAAGAUAAAGUCAAGGUGUUCCCUGAACCGUUGCAGCAAGAACAGGAAAAACUAGGUUUCCCCUUAGAGAUUAAAACUGAUAAAAGUGAAAAACAAAGAAUACAUACUGACGAGGCAGAUGAAUACAAAUCAGAGAUAUCAGACACCAUUGCAGUAACUGAUAAAAAAGAAUUACAGAAUCAGGAACAGAAGGAACAAUCUUUGGUGAAAGAGGAGGAAAAAUCUAAGGACACAAAGUUGUCCACCACUGUAACAGCUCCACAGACAGCAAAGGAGGAGAUUUCAAUGAAAACAGAAGAUUUAGCAGCAGAUCAUGAGGUAAUCAAAGGAGGCACAAAGUCAAGUGGAGAUGGGGAGGAUAAAUAUCACGCCUUUUUCCAAGAUAAAACCACAGAAGAAGGAGAAAGUGUGUCUCUUGAUAUCCGUACUCAAAUUAUUGAAACACUUAAAGAUGAGAAAAAAGAAAAAGAAAAGGAGCUUUAUGAAGAUGAAAAAGAAAAGGAGGAGAAACAAGAAGAUUAUAAGCAAAUAUCUCUCCCAGAAAUAGAAAAAGACACAGAUGUAGCAGUAUUAGAAUCUAAGGAAAAACAGAUAGAACAGCAGCAAUCUAUAAUAUCAGGAUCAGAGAAAAUAGGUCUGCUUCCUAAAGAGGAUGAGGUGUCUCACAAAGUGUGUGACAAGACCAUAAGUGACACUAAACAAGAUAAAGAUUCUAAAGAUAAAGCUAAACAUGAUAUGGAAUUUCAGUCUCAAGUUAUAGAGUCAAAACCAGAACUGUCCGACUUCUCUAUCAAACUGGAAAGUGAAACGAAAGAGACGGAUGUAAUCAACGAACAAGCUAAAGACUUACAAGUAUUAUCCCAAACACCAGUUGAAAAACCGGAUGAAUCUUUUCCACAAGAUGGAAAUAAGGAGCAAACUAAUGGUGUAUUGAUAGCAUCAGAACAAAUGGAUAAAUUAGAUGAGAUAAAGGACAAAAAAUUAGAAGGUACUGAAACUGUACUACUGCAAUCCCCUUUAAAAGAUGUUGACCUAUGUAAAGAAACAGAGAAAGUAUUACAGACCCAACAUUUAACUUUGGAAACAGCAGACAUAACCUCUAAAGGAGAUGUGGAUGAGAGUCAUUCCCAGACAUCGUUUGUAGAAGACAAAACAAAACUGGAAGAAGAAUGCAAAGAAAAGACCAAGGAAGACCUGAGCUCUGAAAUACAGCAUCCAGACUCAUUGAGACAUGUUUCUCCAAUAACAGAUAAACAUGUAGUGGAGACUGAGACAAUUAUAGGAGUAAAAGAUACAAUAAUAGUAUCAAAACAAGUUCAAGAAUCUAAAGAAGACCAAGUAGAACAAAUACAUACUCUGGAUGAUACACAUUUUUCACACAAAAGUAAGGAGGACACUACAGAGAAACCUGUGGAUGAGAAAAUGGAAGCUAAAGAUAAACAUAUAACAGACAGACAGCCUGAAGACUUCCAGGUACCCUUAGAGGAAAAACAUUUAGUGGUGAAAGAGGAUCAACUGUCUAAACAUAAGGAGGAAUUUGGGACUCAGCUUAAAUCUGACAUAACAUGCAAACAUGAAGAAUCCUCAGAGAAACACGAAGAGGAAUCACAAACUAUAGCAAAUCUUAGUUCAGAACAGACAGUAAUACUUCCCAAAGCAGACAAAACAGAUCAAUCUAAAGAUGAAAAACUAAGUGUAUCUGAAGCACCAACUGAUAAAGAUAAGGCCAAGGAAGAUAUUACACCAAUAGAAUCAGUCACAGGAAAAGUUGAUGUGUCCCCAAUAGCUGGCCACGAGCCCAAGGAUAAAGGUACAGAAGAUUCCAAAUACAAAGCCUUUGAAAUUAUUUCUGAGAAACAUGAUUUAUCAGACAAAGAAGCUCAGUACUCUAAAGAAAAACAAGAGAUUCAAAUAGAAGUUCAUAUACCAAUGCCCACUUCAGAAAGAACAUGUGUAACUGACAAAGAUCAGGACAAAGAUCAAGAAACUAAAGAGUUACACACAGAAGACAGCAAAACACAAGCGUGUGAAUCAUCUUCUCAAAGGACAGUCUCUCCAAAACCUGAAUUGGAAUCCAAAGAAAGUCCCAUCACAUCAUUAUCUGAGAGCAUUUCUUUAUAUGGAUCAGAUAAAAUAAUGGAUUCAAAACAUGAUUUACCAAUUAGAGAAGAAUUAACCUGCAAACCAGAUAGCACCAAACCUGCGAUCCCAGCACCACUUUAUCAAGAGCCAGAGAAAGCAACCGUAGAAGGAACCAAACGAAUUUCUGUGUCAAGCUCAGAGACAGAAGAUUUGGAAGAUCAGACAGAUCUGAUAUACAGAGCACAACAGUACAGAGAUGACCAACACCUGUCAAUGUUUGAAACGGACACCUUCCUGCCAGUUUCAGAGAAAACAGACAUCGGUGCUAAGCUGAAUUUAGAGUAUAAAGAAAAGUGUCUUGAAGACAUUAAAACUGGAGCUUUAUUAUUAGCAAUGGAAACUACAGAGAGUAGCAUGAAAACAUUAGGUUCUGAAUUUCCAACCAAGUACUCAGAUAAUGAAGAAAGUACUGAAGAAGAUGAAGGCGAUGCUGUCUGCAUGGGGGGUGCAGGUUCAAGACCACUGUCAGUAGAACCACGGGUCUUAGAGGAAAAAAAGGAAUGUUUUACAGAACAAAUCCCAUCUACAGCAGACACAGUACAACAUGAAUUAGCAACAAAGAUAGAUGACAAAAAUGUAUUAAUGGAUUUAAAUAAGAUUUCACCAGAGGUAGAAAAAGAGAGCAAGGAGCCCAAGACCACAUCUAUUUUGAUAUCUCCUUCAGAACAUACUAUGGCUUCAACACUCAUACUAUCCACUCCUGCGUCCAGUCAGGCAAGUGAUGAGUUCAAAAAAACUGACACACUGGCUUACUCAACAGAUAGUUGUAAACCUGAGAAGGAAGUGCAGAGAGAGAUGGAAAGAGAGCGAGAGAUUGUCUCUCCAGUAUUAGAAACAUCCUUGUCAUGUUUGAACAAAGUGGACAGUCUUGAAAAGACUGCUGAUGAUAAGAUAAAAACAGAAAAAGAGAAAAUGGAUGACCGCAGCACCUACCAACCAGAAAAAUUGAGCUAUGAAGCUUCUAAAUAUGAGCCAUAUGAAAAACCAGUCUCAGAGGAUCUUGAGAAGGAUAAAGAGGACAAAGACAAAUUUACAAAAACGAACCUUGACAUAAAUGUAGGUGACACUAGAAGGGCUAGCCAGUCAUCUCUGCUGGGAGCUGCAUGCCAAAUAGAUGAACAAAGUGACGAUGAACCAGUAUCAUUCAGCAAGGUUGACUAUGAUAUGUCUUUCUCAGAGAUGAAGACUAGUGUCCUUACUGGACCUAGUACCUGCUUUGAGCAAGAUAAUAAGGUGAGUUACCAAGAAGAAGAAGAAGAAGAAGAAGAUGUGGACAAGAGUUCUGACAGCAAAACCACCUCUGUAGCUGGAUCAAGUUCUUUUCCUUCCAGAGAAGUUCAAGACAAAUCAGAGAAAUUAGAAAGAGAAGAGAAAGAGAAAGAGAAGAAACCUGCCAAAGAGGACACAAGUUCUUGCUGUAGAGUAGAAGAAAAAGACCCUUGCUCUGAAUCGUCAUCAACAUUACCUUGUCCCUCGGCCUCUAGUCUGCAACAACCUGAAAAGUUAGACGCUUGCAUAGAAAAGGAUGUAAAGAUAGAAGACACAAUGGCUAUGACAUCACUUCAAGCUGAGACUCAUGUAGAUGUUAUGACUUUCAAACCUGGGCUGGUUUCAGAAGAUCAGAUAAGUGUAGAGUCCACAAUACAGUCAACCUCAUAUCAGACUGAAAACAUACCAGAGAGUCAGAUAAAUGCAGAUAAGAUGGACAUAAAGACAGCAAAGCAAGUGGAUGAAGAUUCAUCAGCCAGCAAACAAGACCAAAUUUCUUCUAGUAUAUAUACACCACCUGGUCAGUCAGCUACUGUUGGUGUAAGCAGCCAUGUUUCUGAUUCAUCUCCUGAGGAGCAACACGACAAUGUCCUUGCAUUGUCCACCACAAGUAUUGCAAGUUCUCUGACUAGCAAAACACAGCUGGCAAGUGGUGAGACAGAAACAUAUUCAGUCAAAAGUGAACAAUUUUUUGCAGAAAAAUUAGAAGAUACAGAAGAGGGAGUUGAAGAAGAUGAGGCCAGUGAUUUGGGUAUGGAAAAAGGUGCCAGAGAGAUGUCUGAGAAAGAAUCCAAAGCUUCUUAUGAUGCGGUGGAUUCUAAAUCAAGUUUUGCAGAACACUCUUUAAAUACAAACCAGAAAGAUGAUGUUGUAUCAGUAGCUUCAAAAGAUCCUUUACAGGGAAAGACAGCUGAAGCACUUGAUAAAAUAUUUGGGGAGACAGUUACAACAGUUCUCACACAUGAAGUGGAAAUCACAGACAUUGAGCAGUUAAAGGAAAAGGAGAGCAGUGUUCCACAUCCCGAUCUAAGCAAGGCUAGUGAGCAUAAGCAAGAAUGUGAGUUAGAGAAGACCUCUGAUAAAAAAUUUGAGGGAGCAGGUGCUCAAACUGUUAUGUUAGAAACAACUCAGUCUUCGUCCUCUUCAUCCUACAGUUAUUCCUCUUCAACUUCUGCUUCAUAUUCUACAGGACUACACUUUGGUGAGGGACUUUCAGAAACCCCUACUACUAUCCCCAGUGCUCAUUUGAGGACUGAUGCUGAUAGUCUAUCAUACGAGUACUCUUCAUUCAAAGAAGAGGAAUCUCUUGCAAUAGAUUCAUCCUAUUUAAGCUCUGGUGUACAGUCAAGAGAUGAAGCCAUGGACGUUUCUGAAAAGCUCAUAUCUGCAACAGCUGAGUCUGUAUCCAGUCUUGCAAGGUUUUCUCCACUCAGUCCAUUAGAGGAGACUAAGUCUUUCCUUCAAGACCAGGUAUCAUCAGCAGAGGAAAAGUCAGAGGAAGAAUUAGCCAGUAUUAGAUCAGACAAAGAUAAGCCUUCUGACCAAAAAGAUGAGUUAGCAAGAGACCCACAGUGCACAAAAGCACUGCAGCAGCUUGAAGUAGUUUCUGAUUCACCAGCCGUGUUUGAUAUUGCUCCUCUAAAGAAAGCUGAUUCAUCAGAAAAAUACUCCCACGAAGAAUCCUCUGACAUUGAACAUGAAGAAGGGACUUUACCGUGUAGAAUUGAAUGUGACCGAGCAUCCCAUGAGCAGAAAGGCAUCACAGAGCCUGGAAAACAUGCUGAUGUCACCUCAAUCAUGCACUCUGCUCAGUCUAAUUUGGAGACACAGUCACCACAUUUGUCAGUAGAACAGUCAUCCAAUGGGCCAACGGAAGUUUGCACCGACUCCCAUGUAGAUUCAAGUAAAGUGAGUGAAGUUGACACCAUGUGCCUACCAGAGCCAAAGCAGGCAGAGGUGGGAAAAAAGGAAGAAGAGAAGAAAGAUCAUGUAAAGGAUCAUGACUUAGCUUGUGCUCCAAAGGAAUCAGAAGCUCAAGCAGAACAGCAGAAGGAGAAAAAAGAUUUGAAAGUAGAGGAGACAGUCCCAGGAAAAGAGAAGAUGGGUGAGGAGAAAGAGAGAAAAGAAGAUGAGCAGAGUAAGAUGGAAUUUAAAGAUAAAUCUCAAGAAAAUAAAGAGAGUUAUGAAAUGGGUGAUUUCAUGAAAGAAGUAAAAGAUGAGUACAAAGAGAAAGAACAGUUGGAAAAGGUCAAAGAAGGAGUUGACUGCAAGACGGAGGAGAGAAAACAACCAGUGAAGGUAGAUUUGCCAGAAAAAGAUAUUAAGAAAACAGAUGGAGAUGAGUCAAUUGAAAAAAGCACCUCAGUCUCUGAGAUGACUCAGGAGACUACAUCAUGUUCAACUUCUAUGCCUGUCAGUACAGAAGAUAUGUGUAAACAUCAGCAAGAUGAAAAAGAAAAGAAAGAAAAGCUGGAAUAUGACAUAAAAGAGCAGAAAGAUCUAAUUGUAUCUCAUUCAAGUGAACAACAUUCUAAGCUGUCUAAAGAAUUAAAGGAAGAUUAUACCCGACCUUCUGAACUCAGCAUGGAAUCCAGCUCCUCGUACUCACCUUCACUAUACAAACAUCACAAAGGAGAACUUUCACCAUCAUUCAUUAAUCCAAGCCCACACCACUUAUCCAGUGAGGAGGAAGAAGAGGAAGUAAAAAGCGAUUGCUCGAAGGAAGAUGAUUUUGACGAUGAACGUGAACAACAUUCUGUUAAAAGGAGAUCACACAAACAACAGCGCCAUCAUUCUCAUAGUCACCAUGGAGACAGCAAGGAAGCAAUCCAUGCUCCUGCUAGUGGUGUGGCAAGUGGACAUGGAGUAUCACUUGCAGGAGAAGAAACCCCUCCAACCUCUCUGAGUGAAUCUCUUCCUUCUCAGUCUGACUCAGAUGUACCACCCGAGACAGAGGAGUGCCCAUCCAUCACAGCCGAAGGAAACCUUGACUCUGAUGAGGAUGCAGAGCAUUUACCAGUGGACAAGAUGUCAGCUACUAGUGGAAGUGGAGGUGGUCUCCACUCAUCGUCUCCAAGAACCCAUGAUCCUCCACCCGCCCCAAUGAAAGACCCUGUCCCACAACCCCCCAAACCCGAUGUGUGCAUGGUAGACCCAGAAGCUGUUUUAAAUGGGCAAAGCCACACAGAGAAACCUAUGAAGAAAGAUCUUAAAACCAACAAAGGGUUGAGGAAAACUCUAGGAAAGCAAAAGUCUUCAUCUCCUGCACGUAAAGGUGAAGGAAGGAGCAGGAGGUCCACAACACCCGUAAAACAAGCAUCCAAGGACUCCUCACCUCAUGCCUCUUCUAUAAAGAGGUUAGAUUCUGAGAAGACUCUUCGUGUGCCCCGCAUGUCUGAGACACAGGGUUCUAAGGGAGACAACUAUCCAGGAAAAGGGCUUGUCAAUGGUGUAAAGAGCAAUACAGCUUCAAACCAGAAGUCCACCUCUGGAGCUACCCCUGGAACACCUUUCUAUGUUGAUCUUGCCUACAUUCCAAAUCACUGCAGUGCUAAAAAUGUGGAUCAAGAAUUUUUCAAACGAGUGCGUGCUGCUUACUAUGUAGUGAGUGGAAAUGAUCCAGGCAGUGGGGAACCAAGUCGUGGAGUGCUGGAUGCACUGCUUGAAGGCAAAGCACAGUGGGGAACCAAUCUGCAGGUGACGCUGAUCCCUACCCAUGACACGGAGGUGACUCGUGACUGGUACCAGCAGACUCACAAGAAGCAACAAGAUCUGAACAUAAUGGUCUUGGCCAGUAGCAGCACAGUCGUUAUGCAAGAUGAGUCUUUCCCUGCCUGCAAAAUAGAAUUUUAGGCAUGCUUUACAUUUAGGGACACACAAUUUCCUCAUUAUUAAUUAAGACUAAUUAGGACAGUGUAUUCCUUACCAUCUACAGCAUUGCAUCCUACUUACUGCCAUUUAUAGUUUGUAUCUUAGCCUGCAACAGAAGCAGAUCCUUGUGCUCCAAGGCCUUACUAAUAAGGUUUGGCUUAUAAUCCUGAUUUAUGUUCUGUGCUCUUUCAUUGGGUUUGAAAACCUAGGCAAAUACUGUGAGGUUAACGUUUGUUAUGGCAAACAUCUUCAGUUUGUUGUAUAUUCAGUUUAUUCCCAUAUUCCCAAUUAUAAUCUUUUACGGACAUGCUAACACUCAGAUGCCCUAAAUACGAAUUUAAAGCACAAAUUGGCCUUUACAGUUUAUUACUAUGAGACAUCAACCCACUCGUUUCUUCAUUAUCAAAGUUAACAUGCUUUGUUUCACAUUUAUUGUAACAUUAAUCUGGAAUGAAUAUAUGAUCCUGUAGAAGAUAUCUGUCAGCAGAAAUCAAAUCGUUUCAGACAACCAAAACUAAGAAAAGGUCUGAGUAAGGUGUCAAAGAAGUGUAUAUAGAGCUUUCAGUAUCAAAGACUUAAAUCGUGCUAUGCUAAAAAGCCACAUACUCCACACAUACCAGCAAAAACAAGCUAGCAGCCAGCCAAUAAACAAGCAAACAAAAAUGUCAACCAUUUGCAAGUGCCAAAUUAAAAUUCUGUAUUACCACAGCUGACUCUGUUAAACGUAUGACGUGAUUCCAAAAUUUUUGCUCAUAAUUUGUGAACAGGGGGUUGUAGAUGUAUUAUGUACAUGCCUUUAUGGCUUGGCACUGUAGAUGAGCGGCAGCUUUGUGGUAUUUGGCUGACUCAUAUAUACCUGUUACGGGUGAUGCAAAAAAAAAGGGGAAAGACAAAAAAAAAUCUGUUAAGAAUUUAAAUCAGUUAACAGUGUAAAAGGGUUAUACAUUGGUUUAAUGCAUGAUGCUUGUGCAGCUUAGGUUUCUUUUAAGAAGGUGCGGUAUUUAAGGGUUUUGCUUUUAUAAUCAGCAAUUUGUGUAUUCCACAAAUGUACAUAAGAAUUAUACAUUAUUGCCAAUUUCAUCAUUUUUAUGAGCUCAGAAAUGUUUUUCAGUUCAGCAGUAGCUUCAGCACAAUGUUCUGAUUCUGAUCAUCCUUUUAAGGCAAAGGUUACAUAUUAGCAUUGGUUUAAAUAGAGGUGGCAGUGAUUUAUGUAGCAGUACAUGUGACUGUGUAAAUGAUGGCUUGUAUAAAAGAAGUGAGCACUGUUUCACGUAUACACUGUUGAAAUGGAGAGCAUGGGCCCCUGUUGUGUGCCUUCUGCUGUAACCAUUUAGACAAAAUAAGGGUUUACAGAAUAAUGCAGAAACACUUUAAAUCACAUGGAUAAUGAACAGUACUUUGGAGCGUUAGCCAGAUUUUGAUGAGGAGGAAUUACAAGUCCUUAGUAGCCUUAUACCAGAUGUACAGUGACACAUUAUGGACUAUUAUAAAGUAUAUCCCAAUCAAUGCAAAAUUAUAAAUAUUUCAUUAUUUUGCACAGAGAAAGAUUGACACAUUUUUAAUGUGAAAAAGCCAUUAUAACAAAGGAGAAUGGGUAGAUAGAAUGCAUGUAAAUAUUACUUAAAUAACAUUGGGAUUAUUAGCUUAUUUUAAAUUAAAUAUAAAUAUUCGAGGACAGGGCACUUCUAAUAUUUACUGAAACUUGAAUAUAACAUAGUUGAUUGAAUCUAGUAUGGCAUCUUAAAAUGUAUGAUCAUGUAUAAUCAUGUGGGUCUGUUAUACUAUGGUUUUAAAGGCCAGUCUGUGUAUAUAUAUUCAGUGAGUGAGCUGGAAGUCAUGAAUUGAGUUCAAAUAAUAUAAAAACCCUAGAGCAGCAUAACUAAUUUAAAUUAAUUUCAUUUUACUUACAUUUAUCUGACAGCUUGAGUAUUACCUUUGUAUGUACUGAGUGUUUUGCUGGGGUAAUAACCAUGUUUAUUUUUUUAAAAACACUAUAGAAAUGCCUCUUCAUUUCUAUGUUAAUGUAGACAUUACAGUAAAUGCUUAUAGAGUCUUAAUUUUUGAAUUUGUAAAAAAAAAAAAAAAAAUAAGCCAGCCAACGUUUUAAUCAUAUUUAUUAUUGUGGUAUUUACUGUAUGCAGAACAGACUGAGAUUAGGUCAGGGACUGUUUAUGAAAGAUAUAAAUCCUAAUUCCUGUAAGAAAUUUUUUGCAGUUUUGUUAUAAGAUUCUACAUCCCUUUGAUAGUUUUUUUUUUGUACAUUUUGGUACAUUUUAAUGCCGGUGUCUUCAUUCAAAUGAAGCCAAGCAAACAUUACAGCACCUGGGAGCUCAAAAUGAAGAAUUAAGUUCAUGUCUUAAUUGUUUAUUUCAGACAUUUAUAAUAAUUAAUAAUUCAGUAUUAUAGACUGCAGAUUACACUGUAUUUUGUUUUAAUUGGUUAAUGUUUUUAUGGGAAUUGAUUUGGAUUUUUUUUUCUAUAAUGUCCAAAGCAAUGAAAUUACCUCUGGUCCUGUUGACCUCAAAAAUGACAUGAGCCUAUAUGACUGAAACUGCUCUCUAAUCCCAACAUAAACGUAUAACUAUACACCAAUGACAAGAUGUAUUUUUGAUAGGUGAACUAUACAAAUGGGAUUCUGUACUGUAUGCUAAUAGAUAUGGAUAUGUUUUAAUAUUUGGCCUUAGGAACAAGUACUGUCUGAUCUUGAUUAUGUAAGUUUGCUGUGCACAGACCCCUGUGCAGUGUAUGCACUAACUUCAUAUUAUUGAAUGUAUAAGUUGCUUUGCUGGAUGUUGCUAGCAAAUAUGCAUAUGGUACAGUGAACUUUGAGUGAAAUGGUGACAAGACUGUGAUAAGUUAAUAUGUAAAACCAUAACUGCAGACUCAUUUAGAUAUUACUGAGUAACGAUGCAUUGUUCUCUCAGUACCAGAAGACUGAAAAUCAUACAAACUACAGGUUUUCUCCUCCUGAAUGACUUGAAUUGUACACGACAAAAUCUAAAGAGAAGAACCUCUCUGCUUACGUACACUCGCAGACACCAAUCAAAAUAGCAAUUGGCUACAAACAUUCUCUUGUGGGACAUUUUCAUUUUGGAGCAUUUUAUCAUGAGUGGUAUUUUACUUUGCAAAAAGCAAGAACAAACUUCAGAUAUAAGGUACCUAUUUUUAGUUUCAGGUCCAUACUCUAGAGUCCAUUCUCCGAAAUGAAUAGCUUCGUCUGCCCUUACAUCAUGCCAACGCAUUGAUUUCUGCAUGUGAUUUAUUAGUUAUAAUCCUGAAUGUACUUCUUUAAUAACUAAAACAAGAACACUAUUUUAAAAGGUAUAUUUGAACAAGCUAAUUGUCUUAAUAGUACUGAAAUAUGCAUAUUAUCGGGCUUUGCUUCUGUUUGCCCUAAGAUGUUGUUGAGAAGAUGCUGUGAUAGUUCCUGUUUUUUGCUGCUGUACGUGUCUUAAUUCUGUUCCUCUUUAGUGCAAUAUAACAAAUGAGCUCUUUCAAUUCCAAACACAAACUUAGAUUUCUGCUUACUGUAAAACGGAACCAUCCUAGUCAUCAUGAAUAAUAAUAAUAAUAAAAAAAACUAAAAUUCUGA